AUGCGAGAACUAAGCGCCGGUAUGAUUACGAACGAAGGGCUCCGUAUCGAGUGGCUUAACCAUUUACCUACUCAGAUACGCGUUGUUCUAUCCGUAAAUACCGAGUCAUCACUCGACACACUCGCCGCCAUGGCCGACAAGAUGGCGGAAUACUCCGAGCCCGCGAUGAUCGCCGCUGUAUCGACCGCAACAACAACUACGAACGACGCCGUAUCAACACAAAUAGCAAUGUUAUCGAAGCAGCUAGAAAAAUUGUCGCUAGAAAUCAACGAAAUACGCGGCCGCUCCACACAUCGUCAAUACCGUGGCUAUCGCUCCCAGUCAAGGCCACGAUCCAAUUCAAACUCAACAAGAAACAAAUCAUCUGUGAAGCCCGGCGAUGCCACGUGGGAAUGUAAAUACCAUUACCGAUUCGGCGAUAAAGCGAAGCGUUGCGAAUCGCCGUGUUGCCGAAGAAACAAAGCUUUAAACUAG